AUGGACGGAACUCAGCAGGUCAGCGUGCAGGUGGCUGCUUCCUUCAAAGCCUUCCUCAUGAAGAGUAGCAGCAAAACCAACCUCAAUUUGUACGACCACCUUUCCCGCCUGCUGAUGCGCGUAAUCGAGGAGCGUCCUCACGACGCGGUGGACGUAAUGGAGGACCUGAGUCACGACGUCAAACUGCGUCUGUACGAGGACACGCAGAGCAGCCUGCAGGACCUGCAGCCCACCACCGCCGCUGAGGAGCUGGCCGAGCAGCAGAAGGUCUUGUUCGUCCGGCCUGAGGACGCCCCUGAGCAUGAGUUUGAAUUGGAGUCGGCGCUUCCCAACGUGAGCGAGAUCGCCUACUUCCUGGAGCAGGCGGGCGUGGGGCUGGGCCGCGAGGAGACGCAGCGGGUCUUCCUGGCGCUCAAGCAGCUGGUGUCCUCCUACACCAUGCAGCGCUGCCGCCUGUGGGGCAAGAUCCUGGGCACCGACCGCAGCUAUAUCAUCGCCGAGGCCGAGUUCGCCGAGGGCGAAGAGGAGGACGACGAGGCAGCCGAGGAGGCGGCCGACGACGAGGCCAGGGACGUCGACGCCAACGAAAACGGCGAAAGCGAGAUGGACCCGCUGCCCCAGUCGACAUACAAACCACCCCCUGUGGUCCCUAAGGAGGCCAAAGGAACAGGCGCCAACAAGUUUGUGUACUUCGUGUGCAACGAGCCGGGUCUGCCGUGGUCCAAGCUGCCUUCGGUGACGCCGGCGCAGAUCACUGUGGCGCGGCAGAUCCGCAAGUUCUUCACGGGGCGGCUGGACGCCCCCAUCGUCAGCUACCCGCCCUUCCCGGGCAACGAGGCCAACUACCUGCGGGCGCAGAUCGCUCGCAUCUCGGCCGGCACGCAGAUCAGCCCGCAGGGCUUCUACCAGGCCAUCGAAGAGGAGGGCGCCGAGGAGGAGGGCUCAGAGGAGGACGGUAUCGAGGAGAACCCCGAGUUCGAGGGCGUCCCUGUCGGAGAGUUGGUCGACUCCCUCUCCUCGUGGGUGCACCACACCCAGCACAUUCUGCAUCAGGGCCGCUGCACGUGGGUCAACCUGGCAGUGAAGACGGAAGACGAGUCCAACGAGGAGGAGGCAGAGGAGGUGGAAGAAGACCCCGACGAGCCCGAGCCCGAAGUGGGUCCGCCGCUGCUGACGCCGCUCUCCCAGGACGCGGAAAUCUUCGAGACGGUCCCGUGGAGCUCCAGCCUCUCGUCCACGCUCACCUCCCAGCACGCCAUCGCCGUCAUGCGUUCCAACUGCUGGCCCGGCGCCUGCGCUUACGCUUACGCCAAGAAAUUUGAGAACAUCUACGUGGGCUGGGGCCUGAAGUACCCGGGCGACGGCUACAGCCCCCUCCUGCCGCCGGCGCCCCAGAACGAGUACCCCAGCGCCCCCGAGAUCACGGAGGACGUGGACCCCACCGUGGAGGAGGAGCAGGCGCUUCAGGACGCGCUGGACGAGAAGCAGGCAGCCGAGGAGGCCGAGGAAGGAGACUCGGACGAGGAGCAGGACGAGGAGGACGACUGA